AUGAAGGAAAGGUUCUGUUCUUUGAAUGACAGAAGCAGGGCAUCAUGUGGAGCUUCAACUUGCUCCUCUUCUGGGGGUAUUGUGGUAUAUUCAUCUGGGUUAUGUUUUCAUUGGAAUCAAUGGCAGUUGAUGUGAACGAGUGUGCAGAUACCACCACGUGCCCAGCUUAUGCAAAAUGCACUGACACUCCAGAUAGUUACUACUGCACUUGCAAACGAGGUUUUCUAUCCAGCAAUGGAAUGGAACAAUUUAAGGGCCCAGGAGUGACAUGCAUAGAUAUAGAUGAGUGUUCUCAAAGCCCCCCACCAUGUGGUCCCAACUCAGUCUGCAGAAACCUUCUGGGGAGGUACAAGUGCAGCUGUUGGCCUGGUUUCUCUUCUCCCACUGGAAAUGACUGGAUCCUGGGAAAUCCAGGUCGUUUCAUCUGCACAGACAUCAAUGAAUGCCUCUCCAGUGGGGUCUGCCAAGAGCAUGCUGAGUGUAUCAACACCUCGGGAAGCUACAAGUGCAGAUGCCAGGUUGGAUUCAUCGCUCACAACUCCAUUUGUAAAGAUAUAGAUGAGUGUUCUCAAAGCCCCCCACCAUGUGGUCCCAACUCAGUCUGUGAAAACCUUCUGGGGAGGUACAAGUGCAACUGUUUGCCUGGUUUCUCUUCUCCCACUGGAAAUAACUGGAUCUCAGGAAAUCCAGGUCGUUUCAUCUGCACAGACAUCAAUGAAUGCCUCUCCAGUGGGGUCUGCCAAGAGCAUGCUGAGUGUAUCAACACCUUGGGAAGCUACAAGUGCAGAUGCCAGGUUGGAUUCAUUUCUCACAACUCCAUUUGUAAAGAUGUGGAUGAAUGUGCUGAUCCCAGAACUUGCCCAGAGCAUGCCACUUGCCACAACAGUCCUGGAAGCUACUCUUGUGUCUGCAAUGUAGGAUUUGAAUCUAGUGGUGGAAAGGAACGCCUCCUGGGUUCAGGAGAGAUAUGUGGAGAUGUGGAUGAAUGUGCCAGGAACUCAACUAUUUGUGGCCUCAACUCUGUCUGUACCAACAUCCUGGGAAAAUAUAAUUGUUCCUGCCUGCCUGGGUACUUUUCGCCUGCUGUUUGGACUCCUGAGAAACCAGAAGAUUUCAUAUGUACAGAUAUUGAUGAAUGCUCCCAAGAUCCAUCACCAUGUGGUCCCAAUUCUGUCUGCAUCAAUACCCUGGGCUCCUACAGCUGUAGAUGCAAUAAGGGCUUUCGUCCCAAUCCAGGAGGCUCCUCAAACUUCACCUGCCAAAAUGUGAAUGAGUGUGCAGAUACCACCACGUGCCCAGCUUAUGCAAAAUGCACUGACACUCCAGAUAGUUACUACUGCACUUGCAAACGAGGUUUUCUACCCAGCAAUGGAGUGAAGCAAUUUAAGGGCCCAGGAGUGACAUGCAUAGAUAUAGAUGAGUGUUCUCAAAGCCCCCCACCAUGUGGUCCCAACUCAGUCUGUGAAAACAUUUUGGGGAGGUACAAGUGCAGCUGUUUGCCUGGUUUCUCUUCUCCCACUGGAAAUGACUGGAUCCUGGGAAAUCCAGGUCGUUUCAUCUGCACAGACAUCAAUGAAUGCCUCUCCAGUGGGGUCUGCCAAGGGCAUGCUGAGUGUAUCAACACCUUGGGAAGCUACAAGUGCAGAUGCCAGGUUGGAUUCAUCGCUCACAACUCCAUCUGUGAAGAUAUUGAUGAAUGCUCCCAAGAUCCAUCACCAUGUGGCCCCAAUUCUGUCUGCACCAAUACCCUGGGCUCCUACAGCUGUAGCUGCCUUGAGGGCUUUCGUCCUAAUGCAGGAGGCUCCUUGAACUUCACCUGCAAAAGGAUUCCCUUCAAGUGUAAAGAAGAUGUGAUACCAGACAAUGAGUGGGUCCAGCUAUGCCAAGUGGGAGCAGCAGUAGAGCGUGAACACGGUUCCUUCUGCACACUAAUGAAUGCCACCUUCAACGUUCUGGACGAUGCCUGUGAAAACAGAAACACCGUGGUUUCUCUGAAGAGUACGGUCGAGAGCUUUGCCUCUGUGCUCGAACAAACAUCCACAUCCAACUUCACCAAAGAAGAGACAUCCGCUUUGGCCACUGUGGUCCUGGAGAGUGUGAAAAGCACCACCCUGGCAGCUUUCCUGAAACCCUCGGCAAAUGUCAGUCAGACUAUUCAGACAGAACAAUUAGAAAUUGAAAGCAAAAUUAUCAAGGAAGAAUGCAAUGAAGAGAAUAUGACCUUUCACUUUAAAGCCAAAGGGGAUGAGAUGAAGAUUGGGUGUUCCACCAUUGAAGAAUCUAAAUCCACAGGGACCACUGGGGUGGCUUUUGUCUCCUUUUUGGGUAUGGAGUCUUUUUUAGAUGAGAGCUUCUUCCAAGACCAACAGAUGCCCUUGGCCAUCUCUCAGAGGAAGGUGAAGAUGAAUUCUCGAGUUGUACAAGGCAUCAUGACUGGUGAGAAGAAGGAUGGCUUCUCUGACCCUAUCAUUUACACACUGGAGAACAUUGAGCCUAAGCAGGAAUUUGAGAGACCUAUCUGCGUUUCCUGGGACACCAAUGUGGAGGGUGGUAGGUGGACGUCUUCUGGCUGUGUGGUCCUUGAAGCUUCUGAGACGCAUACUGUCUGCAGCUGUAAUCAAAUGGUGAAUCUGGCCAUCAUCAUGGCUUAUGGGGAGCUCACGAUGGACUUCUCCUUGUACAUCAUUAGCCACGUGGGCAUGAUCAUCUCCCUGGUGUGUCUCGUCUUGGCCAUCACCACCUUCAUCCUGUGUCGUUCCAUUCAAAAUCACAAUACCUACCUCCACCUGCAUCUCUGCGUGUGCCUCUUCUUGGCCAAGGCUCUCUUCCUCACUGGAGUGGACAAAAUUCAUAACAAGAUGGGCUGCGCCAUCAUUGCAGGCUUCCUGCACUACCUUUACCUCGCCUGCUUCUUCUGGAUGCUGAUAGAGGCUGUGAUGCUCUUCCUCAUGGUCAGGAACCUGAAGGUGGUGAAUUACUUCAGCUCCCGCCACAUCAAGAUGUGGUACCUCUGUGUCUUUGGCUAUGGGAUCCCAGGGCUAGUGGUGGCUGUCUCUGUUGGUGUUCAACCACAAGGUUAUGGAAUGCAUAAUCGCUGCUGGCUGAAUACGGAGACAGGUUUCAUCUGGAGUUUCCUGGGGCCAGUCUGUACCAUCAUCGUGAUCAAUUCCAUCCUCCUAACUUGGACAUUGUGUAUCUUGAGGCAGAAGCUUUCCAGCGUCAACGCUGAAGUCUCCAAGCUCAAAGACAACAGGUUACUGACAUGCAAGGCCUUUGCCCAGCUCUUCAUUUUGGGAUGCUCCUGGGUGUUGGGCAUCUUCCAGAUUGGAUCCAUGGCUCGUAUCAUGGCCUACCUAUUCACCAUCAUCAACAGCCUGCAGGGAGCCUUCAUCUUCAUCAUUCACUGUCUGCUCAACCGCCAGGUACAGGAAGAAUAUAGGAGAUGCCUUACCAGGAAGAUCAAACCCAGUUCCGAGUCCCAUACCUCAGGGAUAUUACUGUCCUCUGUCCCCUCCACUUCUAAGACGGAUUAAAGCUCUUCUUCCUUUCAUAUGUGCUAUGGAGCAACAUCUGAGGAAAGCAGAUGCCUACCGGAGCCUACUCUGAAAUCUCUUCACAUCUU